CAGGAAGACGCCUGCGGAGCCGGGCUGCUGGUGCAGCGGCUGCAGAGGCGGCGGGUGCCGCCGCAUCCGGACUCAUUAGCUCCGAGGCCGUGCCGCGUCUCCGGGUGGGGAGGCGGGCGGUGGCCAGGCCCGAGGCUGCGGAGGUGUGCCCGGCCCGCUGAGGCAGAGGAGGCGUUCGGGCCUGUCACAGCCCGUCAGGGUGGCGCCCACACUCCUGACAGGGUAAGAUGGCGGCCAUGGCGCCCGGCGGUGGCGGCGGCGGCGUGAAUCCUUUCCUUAGCGACUCCGACGAGGAUGACGACGAGGUCGUCGCGCCCGAGGAGCGACGGGCAGGACUUCGGCUGGGGGCCGGGGGCGGCCUCGAUCCGGGCUCGGCGGACUCGCUGUCGCCCCAGGACCCGGUGGCCUUGGGGGGCGGCGCGCGGCCGGGAUUCCCGGGGGAGCCGGCGGCGGGGGCGCUUGGGUGCCCCGGGGAGCCCCCGGCCCGCCUGUCCAUCGACGCGAUCGCCGCGCAGCUGCUGCGCGAUCAGUACCUGCUGACUGCGCUGGAGCUGCACACCGAGCUGCUGGAGAGCGGCCGCGAGCUGCCGCGCCUGCGCGACUACUUCUCCAACCCAGGCAACUUCGAGAGGCAGAGCGGGACCCCGCCGGGGCCGGGGGCGCCGGGCGGCCCGGGAGCGGCGGGCGGCGGCGGCGCUGGAGGCCGGGAGCCGAGCACCGCGUCGGGCGGGGGACAGCUCAAUCGAGCUGGGAGCAUCAGUACCCUUGAUUCUUUAGACUUUGCAAGAUAUUCAGAUGAUGGUAACCGGGAAACAGAUGAGAGAGUAGCAGUCCUGGAGUUUGAACUACGGAAAGCCAAGGAGACCAUUCAGGCCCUCCGAGCCAACCUGACAAAGGCUGCAGAGCAUGAAGUUCCUUUACAGGAACGAAAAAAUUACAAAUCAAGUCCUGAAAUUCAGGAGCCAAUCAAACCUCUUGAAAAGAGAGCCCUAAACUUCUUAGUCAAUGAAUUCUUAUUGAAGAAUAAUUAUAAGCUUACGUCAAUAACUUUUUCAGAUGAAAAUGAUGAUCAGGAUUUUGAACUAUGGGAUGAUGUAGGAUUAAAUAUUCCUAAACCACCGGAUUUGCUACAACUCUAUCGAGAUUUUGGAAAUCAUCAAGUGACAACGAAAGAUCUUGUGGAUGUGGCCAGUGGAGUAGAAGAAGAUGAAUUAGAGGCUCUUACACCAAUUUUAGCCAACCUUCCUCCAACCCUUGAAACUCCGCAGACUGUAGAGAACUCCUUGCUAGUACAGAAGUUAGAAGAUAAAAUUAGUUUAUUAAAUAGUGAAAAGUGGUCUUUGAUGGAGCAGAUCAGAAGACUUGAAAGUGAAAUGGACUUCCUCAAAAAUGCUCACUUUGCCAGCCCUAUAGUUUCUGACUCUGUUCAGUCUUCUUUGGAUCAGCCUCCUUACAAAGUCUCUGGAGACAGUGAACAGAAUCAAGUUUUAAGUAGUUCAGACAUGGGUAAAGAGAAGGAUGAAGCUGACGCCCUGAUUCCUAAGGAGAAUUUAUCAAAUACUUUCCCUAGGAGAGACAAAGAAGGAAUGCCAUCUUCUUCUCCUUCUACUAAAAAUGCAGUGUCUUUUGAUAAGCCCAAUAGGAAAUUGUCACCGGCUUUCCAUCAAGCACUUCUCUCUUUUUGUCGAAUGUCUGCAGAUAGUCGUUUAGGAUCAGAGGUGUCUAGGAUUGCAGACAGUGAAAAAAGUGUCAUGUUGAUGCUGGGCCGAUGCCUGCCGCACAUUGUUCCUAAUGUGCUGUUAGCAAAAAGAGAGGAGUUGAUCCCCCUCAUAUUGUGUACAGCUUGCCUCCAUCCUGAGCCUAAAGAGAGAGAUCAGCUCCUCCAUAUACUUUUCAAUUUGAUCAAGCGGCCAGAUGAUGAGCAAAGACAAAUGAUACUGACUGGUUGUGUGGCAUUUGCACGUCAUGUUGGACCAACUCGAGUAGAAGCUGAACUUUUACCACAGUGUUGGGAACAGAUUAAUCACAAAUAUCCAGAAAGACGACUGCUUGUGGCAGAAUCCUGUGGAGCAUUGGCACCUUACCUUCCGAAAGAAAUUCGUAGCUCCUUGGUUCUUUCAAUGUUGCAACAGAUGUUAAUGGAAGAUAAGGCAGAUUUGGUAAGAGAAGCUGUGAUCAAAAGCCUUGGGAUCAUUAUGGGAUACAUUGAUGAUCCAGACAAAUAUCAACAGGGAUUUGAAUUACUGUUGUCCGCUUUGGGAGACCCCUCAGAAAGAGUAGUGAGUGCAACACAUCAAGUAUUUUUACCAGCUUAUGCUGCCUGGACUACAGAACUUGGAAAUCUACAGGCCCACCUUAUACCUACAUUGCUGAGCAAGAUUGAAAAACUUCUCAGGGAAGGAGAGCAUGGGCUGGAUGAGCAUAAGCUCCACAUGUAUCUCUCUGCCUUGCAGUCCUUGAUCCCAUCACUCUUUGCACUAGUGCUACAGAAUGCACCUUUCUCCAGCAAGGCCAAGCUUUAUGGUGAAGUGCCACAAAUAGAAGUUACUAGGUUCCCUCGGCCUAUGUCACCUCUUCAAGAUGUGUCUACUAUUAUUGGAAGUCGUGAACAAUUGGCGGUGCUGCUACAACUUUAUGAUUACCAGCUGGAGCAUGAGGGUACAACAGGCUGGGAGAGUUUGCUAUGGGUUGUCAAUCAAUUGUUGCCACAACUUAUAGAAAUAGUUGGCAAAAUUAAUGUCACUUCAACUGCCUGUGUCCAUGAAUUCUCCAGAUUUUUCUGGCGCCUUUGCCGGACAUUUGGCAAAAUUUUUACAAACACUAAGGUCAAACCUCAGUUCCAGGAGAUUUUAAGAUUGUCUGAAGAAAACAUUGAAUCCUCAGCGGGAAAUGGAGUUCUCACUAAAGCUACAGUCCCCAUUUAUGCAACAGGAGUCCUUACAUGUUAUAUUCAGGAAGAAGACCGAAAACUGUUAGUUGGAUUCCUAGAAGAUGUAAUGACACUGCUUUCGCUCUCUCAUGCUCCUCUUGAUAGUCUGAAGGCAUCUUUUGUGGAACUGGGUGCAAAUCCAGCCUACCAUGAGUUACUACUAACUGUCUUAUGGUAUGGUGUUGUCCACACCUCAGCACUUGUAAGGUGCACUGCUGCUAGGAUGUUUGAGCUGUUGGUGAAGGGGGUGAAUGAAACUCUGGUAGCUCAGAGGGUUGUUCCUGCUCUCAUUACUCUCUCCAGUGACCCUGAAAUCUCUGUCAGGAUUGCCACAAUUCCAGCCUUUGGCACUAUUAUGGAAACAGUUAUUCAAAGAGAGUUACUGGAAAGAGUGAAGAUGCAGUUGGCUUCUUUCCUGGAAGAUCCUCAGUAUCAAGACCAGUAUUCCCUGCACACAGAGAUCAUUAAAACAUUUGGUAGAGUUGGGCCUAAUGCAGAACCAAGGUUCCGAGAUGAGUUUGUUAUACCACAUUUGCAUAAGUUAGCCUUGGUGAACAAUUUACAAAUUGUGGAUUCUAAGAGACUGGACAUUGCUACCCAUCUUUUUGAAGCCUACAGUGCACUUUCCUGUUGUUUCAUUUCAGAGGAGUUAAUGGUUAAUCACUUUUUGCCUGGUCUGAGAUGUUUACGAACUGACAUGGAACAUCUUUCUCCAGAGCACGAGGUUAUUUUAAGUUCCAUGAUAAAAGAAUGUGAACAGAAAGUAGAGAACAAGACCGUCCAGGAGCCUCAAGGCUCAAUGUCAAUCGCUGCAAGCUUAGUAAGUGAAGACACAAAGACCAAGUUUCUGAACAAAAUGGGUCAGCUGACAACAUCAGGGGCCAUGCUGGCCAACGUGUUUCAGAGGAAAAAGUAGAAGCAAGAAGGACAGCCCAGUCAACACUAAGAUGGACCUCAAGCAGGCUGCUCCCUGUACUGAAGUACUUGCCUUUUUUUGUUUUGUUUUGUGUUCUUUUGUUAUAAUUUUCUCUAACCUCCAAAGAUAUUUGCACUGCUUUUGAUUAUUGCUGUAUAUCUGUUACUUUCGGAGUUAUAACUGUGGCGAUAGAGUACUGAGUUGAUGCUCUGUACCAAGUCCCUCUUCUGUGUUCUUUUUUCCUUGAAUUUUUUUUACAUAUGUAUAUAAAUAUACAUAUAUGUAAUGAUUUUUUUUAAGUUUUGGAUGGUAUAUCGGCAAAUAUCUGUAUUAUACACUAAGCUAUUACAAUGGUACUCAAAAUAAUGUAAAUUCGAAGUCAUUGUUAUAAAGUAAUAAAAUGGAGAUUACUUAAGUAUUUAAAUUAUGAAGAAUAAUGCAGACUUUUUAUUGUUUCUUAACUGACUAGAAAGAGCCACCAGCAUUACUCUGUGCCUUUUGGACUUCAGUUUGUGUGUCUGUAGGAGCCAUGCAUUCCUUCACACAGUAUUUAUAAUGCUGUGGUGAAUCUGAACUACAGACCCUACAGUGAGUAGACAAUGAUGAAUUCUUCGACAUCUCAGAGCUCUCGUGAAUAUACUUUAAGUGCUAUUUCAGUCUCCCUGGCACUCACACGCAUCUAAUGGACUUACCUGAGCAAAGACAGCACCUAAGCCCAGAGUGGUAACCAAGGAGAUGUUGACUGACAGCUGUGUAGUAAAUUCAGAUACUCAAAAGAGAAAUGGAAGAGUUAAUAAUUGUGAUUUUUUUUUUUUUGCCCAGUUUGAAAUGAAAAGGAAAAAUAAGGUUUGAAUUAGAAAGUUAACACUUACUUACCUAAAAUAUUUUAUUCAAGGUGUCUUUUUAACUCCAGAGAUUUAUCUUUUCACACACACACACACAUACCCGUGUGUUACAGAGAAGUACGGAAAAGUCUAGGACAUCUGGGGGCUGCCUUUUUCCCUCCAAACUAAAGUUGACAUCGCUAAACUAUUCUUGGCUAAUUAUCACCUUGUCCCUUAAAGUCAGUGGCUGUUGUUGUGUUGGGUGUUUCAUAGAGUAUGUCAUGCACAGGUCCACUGGGACUUGGUAGUUUGUCUGUGUAUAAUGCAGCGUGAAGUAGGAAAGCAAAGUACUGGAUAUAAAGGAGUAGUUGGGCUGAGGGGUGAAUAAUUGGAUGCCUUUUUAAAAGAAAUGAAUAUUUUGAUAAAGAGAAUUUUCGUUUGAGCACAGUUGAUGUACAUAAGUGCUUCUCAUGUUCAUUGUAUAAACUGGUUUAAUAUACUGAGAACACGGUUGGAUUACAUUCACUUCUGGGGAAAGCUUGCUGACCAUACGUUCAAGCUUAUAAAACAUGUUGCCAUGGGUAAAGCCAUUCUAAAUGUUCAUUUUGAAAUUAUUUCUUUUACCUACAGUGAAAUAGUUGUUAACUAGGUCUUUCUGGAAACUGUUGCAUUCUAGGCAUUCCUGAGAAAUAGAAAGUGGCUACCUUUCAUGUCAAAAAUGUUGAUCUGUUAUAAAUAAACUGUUUUUGCAUA